AUGGACGUCCACGUCGUCAAGGAAUUCGCGAACACGUUGCUGAUCGCUUGUCAAGGCCGUGAGACGGGCAUCAUCAGCACACAACGCCUGAUCGAACCCGGGUUCCUCGCGGCUUUCUCUGCCAUUCUCCGCGAACCUCUUGCCAAAUGGACCAACCUGCCCCCUCAGUUACAAGAAGUCAUCCAGGAUGCCCUUCAUGCCAAUGGCUGGCGACAUGACAUCUUCGAAGGCAAUGUCGAAAUGUGGAUGCAACACGAGAUGGACAGCCCUCUGGAACCGCAAGAAGACGUGGCAACGCGGCUGUAUGACAAGUUACGCGGGCUGCCCAACCCGCGGACGCCCCUGGAAAGGGCGAUGAGGCAGGUCUAUUUCGUCGAGUUGCACCACCUUCGAAAAACGUUCCUUGAAUAUUUCACAAGUCAUAACAGGGAGCCUCUUAUGACAUACAUCAGCAACCGCCUUGGCCUGGAAGCGGAAACAGUGAGAUCGGUAUGUAAAGAAACUGCGUAUGCAGGGGAACGGCUCGACGCAAUCGCUGGUUUCCAGACUUCCUCUGCGCCCGCCAUACUGACGACCCCUAGAUUGGAGAAGAAGGUAUCAAAGACCGCUCCAGAGUUCGACGCUGUCGUCAGAUCGCUCGCGGCGCAGGGCGUCUCCCGCAAUGAAAGCACGCAGAUAUAUUACGAACUGGCUGAGCGGUUCUUCGAGCGCCGUCGCAAGGAGGGAAUCCGUCUUGCUGAGAGCUUGUGCCAGGGUAAAAAGUCCACCAUGCGUUCGGCAGGGACUCCUUGGAAACGAGUCUCGAUCAACGAUCUGCUCAAAUCCAAGACCCAUGGCGGGACGCAGUCGGCCGAAAGCGACUUGCAACAUCGCAAUGCUAAUCGGAUGAUGCCACGGGAUGCGGCUCGGGCGCAGAAUGUCCCAGAAGCUGGUCCCCUGCGAGCAACCGCAGCUCAUGACACAUCCGGUGCUGCCACCGCCUCACACCACCAGAAUCGCACGAAACUCCCGACGUCCCGUCCAGGUACCGACAGUGCACAUGUGCAUGGCAAGACCACGCUACGCUACAAGCCUCGGGUUGAUCGCGAGAUCACUGACCUCGAAGAGAUUGUGCAAGAAGACGUGGCGUAUCACUAA